AAAAUUUCCGAUUACAUAUGAAAGUGGGCAAUCUUUCUCUGAACUUAAUUCGGUAAAAAUAAUGAAUGGAUGAGUUAAUUUUUCCAGUAAUUUAAUCCCAUAUAUGUAUACGGCCUUUUCAUAAUACAUAUAAUUUUAUUUUAUUUUUAUAUAAAUAUAUUAUUGAAGGACUAAAUCAUCUGCAACUGCCUUCAUUCCUAACUUUAUAUUAAACAUAUUCAUGAGUAUGUAUGUGUUCAUGAAUGUAAUUCUAAACUAGAUUGUUACUAUCCUCUAAAUGAAUAUCAUUUCUGACUUUUUAGAAAAUGAAAAAGCUUAGCGCUAAUGUUAUCAGAGGGUCAGAUUUAAAAUUGAAAGAAUUUGAAAGUUUCUACUAAAUGUAUGUCAAUGCAAACCGAGUGCACGAGUCGGAUAAGCUAGAUCGUUUUUGCUUUAAAAUAAGUAAACAGAUGUAUUCCGUUUUAGGUGGGCUCUACACGCACGUCGCAUCAGCAUCUGAUUCCGGUCGAAAUAUAAAAUUACUUUGCACAAAGCCAUUUAAGAAACCGCAUCUACAAGUAUAUUAUUUCUAUUUGAUGUGGCUAAGUUUAUAAGUAUCUGCGUAAAGUAGAAUAUCGAUCUCCAUCUUUAGAGUUCGGGGUUUUACUAUUUAUUAAACUUAUGCUUUAAGAAUAUAACAAGUGAAAAAUUUUCAAAAUAAUUUCAAUAAUUCUAAAAUAUAAAUAUAUGUAAAUAAAGCUAAACUCUCGGUAAUGUUUUCUAUAAUUCGUAAAAUUUUGCCGAUACGUACGAGUACAACUGCUGGCAUAGUUGGAAAAUGCGGUAAUAAUAUCGAAAAAAACGAAAUCCGAUUUCCAUUUCGUCUAUUCUCACAAUACCGUUGCAUGUUCGGAGUUGGUGCUGGUGGUACUCCAUUAAGAUUUAAUUUGAAUGAAACCCAGUAUUUCGUAAUAUUAAAACGGGCAUCAUCAUCAUUGGGGAAUCACAUUGUAUCAAAGUCAAAUCACUUUUCGACACAACAUGAGAUCCGUGAAUAUAUGACAGUUUAUCCAGACAUUGUUAAUGACCUUAUUGAGAUAUUGGAAAGAUACCAAUGCAACGAUUUGGUGGAAAGCUUCAGAAAGACUCUGGAGUACAAUUUACAACUUUCAAACGGGAAGCAUGGUAUAAUCCCCGUAUUGACAUAUAAGAGUAUGGUACAAGAACCGGAACUCACAUCAGAAAAAAUUAAACUAGCACAAAUACUUGGCUGGUGCAUUGAAAUAGCCCAUGUUUUAGCCUUCAUUACCGAUGAUGUAGUGGACAACAGCACCACGCGUCGUGGGAAAGUGUGUUGGUACAAAUUGGAUGGAGUGGGUUUGAAUGUCAUACACGAUUCUAUAUUGCUUGAGAAUUCCAUCUUCGAACUUCUCAGAAAGCAUUCUAGCCAUUUGGAUUGUUAUGUUGAUUUGUUCGAGUUAUUUUUUGAAUGCAUUUUCAAAUGUAUUUGCGGUCAGUCAACGGACGUGAUUGUUAGUACAAGGCACGUGAACUCGUUCGAUAUGGACACAUUGAAUUCAGUUGUGAGGAAUAAAGCCGCCAGCAACUUUUUUUAUUUACCAGUAGCGGCUGGUUUGCUUUUGGCGGGCGUCAAGGACCCAAAGAUAUUUGAAGAAUGUCAAAAAAUUACAUUUGAGUUAGGAUACUACGCUCAAGUUCAAAAUGAUUUUCUUGAUUCAUUUGGAAAUCCGGAUUUCACUGGUAAAAUCGGCACAGAUAUUGAAUCCAACAAGUGUUCUUGGCUGGCGGUGAAGUGCAUGGAAUUAGCGGAUUCAGAACAAAGGGCUAUUAUGGAGGAGUGCUACGGACAGAAAGAUCCGGAAAAAAUUAAUCGUGUUCGAAAGCUCUACGAGGAGGUUGGACUGCCCACCUUGUGUGCCCAGUUCGAAGUAAAAAUAUGCAAUAGAAUCAAAAUGCAAAUUGAUCAAACGCCGGUUCAGAUGUUACGUGAAAUGUUUUUAGAAUGUCUUAAUUAUGUCUCCAAUAGAGGAAUUAAGUAAUUUAAAUCAAAUUUAAUACUCCAAAACUAUUCAUUAAAAAUCGCUAUUAGACUAUA